AUGGGAUCCAAGCAGGAUUCCCUGCCUCCAAUAGACGGGGAUCAAACUUUCAGCACCAUUCUCGGCCAUGCUAAUCCCUCCUCCCCGCGCCUCAGCAUCGAUCCAAUCGUCCGCCUGCCGAUUACAGUGGGCGCUGCAUUUACUGCCGGCAUGGUUUUAGGAGCUGGCCACGGCAGCACGAGAGCGGCAUUUCGAUACCGUGCUGAGAACGCCCAUAGACUACCAACCACAACUAUGGGUUGGUACCAUUAUCACAGAAGCAAGAACUACAAAUCAUUUGUCGGGGGAGUGAAGGAUGGAAUGAAAAUGGGAAUGAAACUUGGAGCUGGGGCUUUUACUUUUUGCUUGUUUGAGGAGACGGUUGACCACGCCCGUCACGGCCAGCAGGAUUUCCUUUCCACGGUGACCGCUGGCCUUGCAUUCUCGGGUCUUUAUAGCUUGCUAGCUGCACGAACAGCGAAACUUGGUUUGAGAUUGAGUCUCACCUUUGGACUGAUCCAAGACGCUCUGGCAGCGAUGAAAGGAAAUCGACCGGGUUAUAUUGAAUUCGUUUACCGAAAAUUUCGUUCGGAGAAUGAGUCCAUUGAUACCGCCUAA